ACAUUUAUCUCCUCCCAGUUCCUGCGGGAAGAUAGGUGCCUAACUCAGCAGGUGCCUUGCUCCCAGUUUCAAAACUCCCUCCAGUCAUUAAUAUGAGAAGUUUGUUUUCUCUCUGGAUAAAGCCAAUUAGCUAAAACAAAUGGCCACUCUGCUUACCUGAUAAUGUUAGGAUGAGCUAUGUGUGACGAAUGGUGUCGUCAUGUCUUCUUGAGGACAACUUAUUAUCUUUCUUGAGAACAUGUAUGUAAUCGGUCGUAUCCGCUUGCUUGUCUUCUAUGACAGGGUAAGAUUUAUCUUUGCAAUCUCUCAACAGAUUGCCUGUGAUGCAUGUCACAUUCUGGUUUAAAGCUUACUCACUAAUGAAAAGUUUUCUUUCCUACUACCUUUGUGGAGAGGAUUGCUGGGUUGGGAGAUGAUUUUAUUUUUAAUUGUAUUCCCCAAUACCUCCCGCCAGCAAAAAGAGCUUUGACUUACACCAUUUCCAACUUAAAAAAGGAAAACAUUUCGGCUUCUAAUAUAAGUGGCUCUCACAACUCUAAUCUUUUACUUCAAGUUGUUUGAAAUAUUAACUUCAAAUAGCCAGGAGGCCGCUCGGUCCACGAGAUACCAAAGAGAUUCAAACAAACUCAAAAGCAGGGAGUAAGGCACUUUAGGGCUGAAAGUGCGGAGAAACGUCCAGGGGCGGGACGGAGGCCCAGACCCUACGCCUACUUCGGCCACGCCCCUUCGGCCGCUCACUUUCUGUCCAGUCCAGGCCACUGUCCAAGGCCCGUCCCUGGGCGGCCCCCCCCGCCGCACGCUGCGCACGCGCAGUUUCCCGCAGACCCGGAAACGGAGCUAAGGACACCCUCCGGUGGGUCCGUGUCAGCUUUUCUGAUUCACCACUGGUGUUUGCGAUACACCUGCCCGUCCCCGGCCUCCGAGCCGCAACACCCGCAGUUCGGGGGUCACCACGUACGAUAAAACCCCCUUCAGGCGCUUGUGCUGCGCCCGAUGAUUCUCGGCAGGACCGUCAGAUAUUCCAGGCCUGGGAGCCCCACCGCGGGUUCGGGGGUCGACGACUAUUUCGAGUUAAAGUCUCUGAGGCGCGUCCCCGCCCCCGGCCGUCCGCCUUCGGUCCAGGAACAGUUGACCUUCAGGGACGUGGCCAUAGAAUUCUCUCAGGAGGAAUGGGUGUGCCUGGACCCCGCUCAGAGGGCCUUGUACAGGGACGUGAUGCUGGAGAACUACAGGAACCUGGUCUCCCUGGGCGAGGAAAAUGUCCCUCCAGAAGUCGGGAUCUGCCCCAAUAGCUCUGCUACAUUCGUGAUCAAGGAAUUAUUACCAAAGAAAGACAUUAAUAAUGGAGAAUUAUACCAGUCAGUGCUCUUGGGAAGACCUGAAAGCCAUGGCCUUGAGGAUUUUGACUUCAGGGAAGUCUGGGGAAAUACGUAUGAAUUUGAGAGCAAGUGCGAAUAUGAAGAAAGAAAUUCAAAAGGAAUGCUUGUGACAGAUAACCUAAAUCUCAGUGGUCGAAGAGAUAAACAAGACAGCAAAUCCUGGAUUAAUUUACCUUUAAAGCACAGUGUUUCUUUAAGAAAAAGUACAUAUCAAUAUUUUAAACAAGGGAAAUCAUUAAUAAAGAAUUUGUUAAAAAUAAAAACCAAUAUAAUCUAUGCAGGAAACAAGUAUACAAAAUGUUUUGAAAAUAGAAUUGCAUUAAGCUCCCAGUCGCAUCUGGCUGAAUUAUUUCAAACUGAGGAGAAAAUUAGUGGAUGUAAUCAAGUUGAGAAGUCUGUCAAAACUUGUUCCAUUUUGCCACUUCAGAGAUUGCCUCCUAGUGUCAAAACCAACAUUUGUAAUAAAUAUGGAAAGGUUUUUAUGUGUCCUUCAUUGCUUACACAGCACCAGAAAACAAAAGUUAGAGAAAAACCAUACAAAUGUAACGAAUGUGGAAAGACUUUUAGCCAUCAUUCAGUCCUUACUAGUCAUCAGAGAAUUCAUUCUGAGCAGAGACCAUACAAAUGUAAUGAGUGUGGUAAAGCCUUUAAGCAGUUCUCAAACCUCACAAGACAUCAGAGAAUCCAUACCGGAGAGAAACCAUAUAAAUGUAAUAUAUGUGACAAGGUCUUUAAUCAAAAUUCCCACCUUACAAACCAUUGGAGAAUUCAUACUGGAGAAAAACCACACAAAUGUCAUGAAUGUGGUAAGGCUUUUAUCAAGUGUUCAGACCUCUGGCGUCAUGAGAGAAUUCAUACAGGAGAGAAACCUUACAAAUGUAAUGAAUGUGGUAAGGGUUUUACCAAACGUUCAUAUCUUUGGGAUCACAAGAGAAUUCAUACUGGAGAGAAACCAUACAAAUGUAUUGAAUGUGGCAAGGUUUUUAGGCAGUGGUCUACCCUCAGGAUUCAUCGAAGAAUCCAUACUGGCGAGAAACCUUAUAAAUGUAAUGAGUGUGGCAAGGCUUUUAAGCAGUGCUCACACCUCACUAAGCAUCAGAAUGUACAUCCUGGAGAGAAGCCACACAAAUGUACUGUGUGUGCCAAGGCUUUUAUCCACAUUUCAAGUCUUGUGAAACAUCAGAAAAUUCAUUCUGGAGAAAAACCAUACAAAUGUAAUGAAUGUGGUAAGGCUUUUAUCCAAAGUUCAAGUCUUGUGGAUCAUCAGAGAAUUCAUACUGGUGAGAAACCUCACAAAUGUAAUGAAUGUGGCAAAGCCUUUACUGUGCGUUCAAGCCUAACUAAACAUAAAAAAAAACAUACUGGUGAGAAACCUUAUAAAUGUAAUGAAUGUGAUAAAGCAUAUACACAGCUUGUACACCUUACUAGACAUCAGAAAAUACAUACUGAAAAGAAACAUGAUGAAUCAGGUAUACAUGGUAAUGCUUUUAUUCAAAGCUCAAGCCUGGGGGAUCAUCAGAGAAUUCAUGGAAGAGAGAAACCUUACAAAUGUAAUGAGUGUGGCAAAUCCUUUAACUGGUGUUCACGUCUUACUCGACAUCAAAGAAUCCAUACUGGAGAGAAACCAUAUAAAUGUAAUGUGUGUGGCAAGGCUUUUAGUCAAAAUUCAAACCUUACAAUUCAUCAGAGAAUUCAUACUGGGGAGAAACCUUACAAAUGUAAUGAAUGUGACAAAGCCUUUAAGCAGUAUUCAAGCCUCAUAAGACAUCAGAAUAUACAUCCUGGAGAGAAACCACACAAAUGUAUUGUGUGUGGGAAGGCUUUUAUCAAACGUUCGCACCUCUGGGGUCAUGAGAGAAUGCAUACUGGAGAGAAACCAUACAAAUGUAUUGAAUGUGGCAAGGCCUUUCGACAAUGGUCUGACCUCAGGAUUCACCAAAGAAUUCAUACUGAAAAGGAACCUUAGAAAUGUAAUGAAUGGUGGGGUGCUUGGGUGGCUCAGUCAGUUAAGUGACCGACUUCAGCUCAGGUCAUGAUCUUGUUCAUGAGUUUGAGCCCUGCAUUGGGCUCCAUGCUAGUGGUGCAGAACCUAUUUGGGAUUCUGUCUCUCUCUCUGUCUUUCUCCUUCUGUCUGCCCCUUCUCCACUCUCUCUCAAAAUAAAUAAACUUUUUAAAAAUGUGAGUAAAAAAGAAACAUAAUGAAUGAGAAUCAUUUAACCAUUUUCCACAAUACACUAUGUAUCAGAGGAUUUAUACUAGGGAGAAUUAAGUCUAGUCCAAGAUUAAUCAACCUCAGAUGUUAAAUUCUUCACAGUAAUUAAAAGUCAAAAUCAUUUAAGACUCAUGAGAUGAGUGUCAAUGGAACAAGGUGAUCUUUAGUAGUGAUGUACCAUUUAUUAAAAAAAAUUUUUUUAAGUGCCAUCUUUUUUUAUUAUUUUGAGAGAGAGAGGGAGAGAGAAUCCCAAGCAGUCUCUGUGCUGUCAGCACAGAGCCCAGUGUGGGUUUCAAAUUCAUAAACCAUGAGAUCAGGACCUGAGCUGAAACCAUGAGUCAAUGCUUAACCCACUGAGCCACCCAGGUGCCCCUGUACCAUUUCUUUUAAAACUACUUUUUUUUGUUUUUAAUUUGAGGUUUCUUAAAAAGCCUACAUUACUAUUGAUGUCUUUCAACCUGAAGUUUGGUGUUCUACUUUCAUUACAUGUUUUUUUUGUGUGUUACCAUGAUGGUUUCUGGGAGCAGAUCAAUAUGAUAAAAGGGCCUACUUUAUUAAACGAGAAUCAUUCUUAUCCAUGUAUCCUGAAGGAACACUGAAUUUUAACAUACAAUGUUGUGUGGUAUUGAAUGAGAAAAUGGGUUGGGCAGAGAAUAUAUGUCAAACAGUGAUGUAAAUAGUAUGUUCAGGAUCCCUUCUACAGAUUUGUCAGUACAACAGAGGGCCACUGGAUUAUCAGAAACCACUGUUGUGCCAGAUAGCAUGAAAAAGCAGGCUUUAAGAUUGAGAGACUUAGAUUUUCAUGAUAGGUUAGCAGGGACUGCUUAUGUGCUAGAAAUAAUGGAGAAGAAAUGAUAGUCAUCCUCUCCCUGUAAUGAAAAUAGUGGUUGUAUAUCAAAGAUAAGUGAAAAUUUAGUCUUAUUUUGGGGAGCUAAAAGCAAUUAUCAGAGAGAAGAACUUCAUCAAAACAACCAGAAUACAGUGUAGAGGUACUGGAUUUGUGUUUAACCACUACACUGAUGCUGUUUUACUCAGAAUUCUAUCAUAGUUAUGUUUUCGUUAAUAAAAUGUAAUCAUCUUU